AUGUGCAUGUUAUGUAAGAUAAAAACUCAAAAGAAAACAAUUUAUUACAGUGUUGCUCCCCGCGGCUCUGGGCCUGAUUACUUUGUGUAUGCUGCUGCAUGCAGUGAGGUGGAACUGGAUGUUCUAACUGGAGAAACAGUGGCACUGAGAACAGAUAUUUUGUAUGACUGUGGAAAAAGUCUUAGCCCAGAGAUUGACAUUGGUCAGAUAGAAGGAUCUUUUGUGAUGGGUUUGGGCUACUGGAUGACAGAAAAGACCAGAUUCAACCUGGAGACUGGAAGAAACAUCACUCAUGGAACAUGGGAAUACAAGGUACCCUUGGCUAAAGACAUCCCCAGGGACUUC